UCAAGCAACAGUUCAAUCAGGAUCUCCAGGAAGUCCAUAAACACUACAACCAUGUGCAGAAUACUCUCCAUCAUCUCCAUGCUCGCCUUGUUGUUCCUGGCUCAAGCAUCGGCUCAGUACUCCUACAACGCGCAUACCCUGUGUAGUGACAGACUCAAUGAUAUGUUGAUGAUGGUGUGCGAGGAAUUCAAUGGAAUUACCCAACAAAAACGAGGCUUAAUUGCCGGCGGCCUGGAUCCCCUCGAUCCCGUCCAAUAUGUGGAAGCCAUGGAGUCGCAUCCGAUUUUCAGGGGACGCUUCCAUGGCGGAGAUGGUGCCCUUAACUCUCUGACACCCAUCCGGCGGCUGACGAGGCAAGGAAUCGUAGACAGAUGCUGCAAGAGGAGCUGCUCUAUGGAAGUCCUAAUGGAGUACUGCUCCGUUCCUCGUAUCUAAAUUGCAUGACUCUGGAUCUACUCCCCUUUGACCUUCGACUGUCAUUACCUGUGCAUCCCUAGACUUGGUUGUCCAGCAACCAUUUUCAGGGAUAAAUA